AUGUCUACCGAAUCUGUUCUCCAACCAUCGCAGUCCGCGCACGAGGUCGGAAAGGAGGAUGCGCUCUCGCCCGCUUUCAACGACAGCAUCUCGCAAUUCCUGCCCACUGAGGUCUCGUGCAGCGAGUCUGAGAACGAGGAGGAGGCUGAAGAGGGCGAGUUCUUGGAAGAUGUGGACGAAAAAUGUCUCUGCAGCGCCGGAGAGUCCGAGUCAAACGUGCACUCCGCAAAAUGCUCCCAUGAAGGAUCUACAGUACCCGCAGCUCCCGAAAAUCUGCACCCAGCCGUCGCAGCAACGCCCCAGACCAAGUUCCGGGGCAGGCCAUCUUCGUGUGUCUUUGUCGCCAGUUUAGCCGCAUCAUUAACGGACGACGAUUUGUGUAUCUCAGUGACGGAAAGCUUCAAGAAAUACGGGGAACUCACCAUGGUGAAGGUACUCCGCGAUCCUGCAAACAGGCCCUACGCUUUCGUCCAGUACACUAAGGAUCAAGACGCCAAAAGGGCUAUGAAAGAAGCACAAGGAUCAACGUUGAAUGGAAGAACUAUUCGUUGCGAACCAGCGCGCGUCAACCGCACACUAUUUAUUUGCACCAAGAGCCGCUCUAGCACCAACCCUGUGCAGGCAGCAACCGUUAUUCAGCUUGCAGAGAAAUUUGGAGAAGUGGAACAAUUGGUGGCCUGUAGGGAUCAGUUUUCCAAACGCAAUUAUUUCUCUGCCUCCACUAAGGGUAAUGCCUGGUUCAUCCAGUUUGCUUACCGUGAUGACGCCAUUCGAGCAUUUGCUACUUUGAAAAGCGAUUUCAACUGGAUUGUUGAAUGGGCCCAAAAUAUUGAGGCUCCUGCACACAUGAAUUUAAUGAACAAAAAAUCGGAAAAUCUGCCAACUGAUGCUAAUACUAUUUUAUCAGAUGGUUCUAAUCAAAAAGAUGAAGCAUUGCGUGACUCAGCUUAUCAAUCUCACGAUGAUCGCCGUAACUCUGAAGUGGACAUCAACAUUGAUAAGAAAUCAAUAUUCGUGGGCCAACUGGACCAAUCUGCUACUGAAGAAAAUUUGAGAGCUCGCUUUUCUAGGCAUGGCCAUGUAAGUGAGAUCAAUUUGAUAGUGAAGCCAAACAACGUGUUUGCAUUUAUCAAAUUCACCACUGAAGAAGCUGCAGCUGCAGCACUAGAGAUGGAAAACCACGCCAUUUUCCUCAACAAAACGAUGCAUGUUCAAUACCGAGAGGUUGGAGGAAAUUUUAAGAAGCAUAAAAGAGGUGCAGGGAACCAUUCUGCUUAUUAUCAAAACAAUCCUUACCAACCUCCACGUUUGAACCUAGCACCACCCCCAAUUAAUGUUGGCCAAAGGAGGUCCAGUACGGGAUCUUUCUCGAACCAUUAUUCCAACUAUUCCAUGCAUGACUUGCAGCCUUUCGCCCCACCUCAAACACCAGUGCCAUCUAGUGUUGUAUAUGGAAACGGGAAACGCUAUAAGCAUCUAAUGAAACGUAAGAGUAGUGAAACUGGGAAACUGGGAAAUGAUGACCCUGACGCAGGGGGGCAAUCCUUUGCAACCGAUGCAGCAUCAGAAAUGUCUGAAUCUAUUGAUGCAGACGACUCGAGCGCUGCGAGUACAGUUCAAAAUAACUCUUCUGCUGGCGGAACGAGUUGCAAAACAAAAGGCCACGAGUAUAAAAAGAGGGGUAGUUUCCCCUCUUUCGACCCUUAUUAUUUCCAUCCUUAUUAUUAUCCAAUGGAGUUCCCAAUGGGUGGAAUGCCCCCACCUCCACCAGGAUCUGCCACAAAUCAGCCUUAUUUCAUGUAUUAUCCUAUACCACCACGAAAUGGAAUGGAUUACACGGAAAUGCCAGGGAUGGUAUUCCCACCAACUGGUGCAAUGGGUCCACCACUGAUUCCAAUGUCUCAACAACAAUUUGUACCCUUGAAAUCUAAGAGGGAUUCAGAUCAUGAGAAAACAGUACUAGAAUAUUGA